UGAACUGCCAAAAAGGCACGUGGUCAAAUCGAAGAAAUGUUGAAAUCUCACAUUCCCCUUCGGACAGGCGUGAGCUUGGUCCUUCUCUCAUCAUUGUGCGCCCUGUGCGUGAUGGAAGUGCCAAGCGACGUGGAAUGGUGGUUGCAGCCGGUGGAGCUGGUUGAACUGUGCGAGAGGUGGCGGAGGCGGGCGGUGAUGCUGAAGAUAGGUGGGCGCAUCAUCAUCAUGCAAGGUCACUGUCCUGUCACGUCUGGCAAGGCAGUCCACCUCACAAACUUACUAUGGACAGCCCAAUCCAGGAGUACAUCAUCCUUAGCUGUGGUUGUGGUUGUGCUUGGAUUCACUAUGCUGCUGGUACUGCUGAUACUGCUGCCGUAUACGUGUCUUCGGCGUAAACCUCGCUCUAGAUAGUGGAAGCGGCCAUCACGAAUGACUAGGAUCCACAGCACCACGGUCAUGUACUGUACUGUACAGUCAGUCGAAC